GUACUUGAAAUAGCUGGAAGAAGAUAUUCCCCUUUUUCAUUCGCGCUAACACACACCCCUUCAUCCCCCUCCCUCCCUUCUUUCCCGAGUUUCGGAAAACUGGAAGGUCGUAGAGGAAACGUUUAAACAACUGCAAGUUCUGGGGAAUGCAGCAGGUUCCUUCAUUAUUGUGGACACUACGCAAGAAGCCAUUGCCAGAUGCUGCCCAUAUUUGGAAAUGUUUCAGAUGUCAGAUUAAUGGACUGCAGUUUCCUGAAGACUUGAACACUGACAUAUCUGAAAAAAAAGUUUCCCAUCAUCCCACGCUUUGGAACCCUAAUUCUUAAGUCAUUUUUUCUCCACUGCCCCCUGGUGGCCGAAUCACUGUGUGUGCUCGCGCACUACAAACGGCCUGGCACUGCCCAACUGAAUGGUCUUGAAUUUAAUGUGGAAUGACACCUGCGUGCUGUUUGACUAAAGGGCGUAUUACUCAUAACAGGGAGACAGGACACAUAUUAUCAUUAGCGUAUCAUUGAUUAAGAGCUUCAGAAGGUUGCAGUGUCUCUCUCCCAACCACUGGCCUUCCUUCUGCCCAAUCCUUUGACUUCUUUCAAGGUUACCCUUCAUGUCAGAGGAACUGCCAAAUGUGGGCAUUCCUGUAGUCUCCGUGCUCUCCAGGGCUGAGGUGUACUAACGGUCCUUAGGGCCACAUAGCUCUGGGCCUCUGCUGAAGGCUCCUCCCCUGCUCAGCUCCUUCGACCCACCCCAAUCUCCUCUCCCCGCCCUGCCCCGCCCCGCUCUACCUGGUAAAGAUGAAUGACACCCAGGACCUGGCGUCCCCGGCGGCUGCCCUCAGCACCGUCCCCGCUGCCUGCGUCUCCAAAGUGGAGCUGCGGGUGUCCUGCAAGGCCCUGCUGGACCGGGACACCCUCAACAAGUCCGACCCCUGCGUGAUCCUCAUGGUGCAGGCACAGGGACAGUGGACCGAGCUGGACAGGACUGAGGUCAUCAAGAGCAACCUGCACCCCGUGUUCGCCAAGGUCUUCACCCUGGACUACUACUUCGAGGAGGUGCAGAAGCUGCGCUUCGAGGUGUACGACAUCCACGGGGCGCACAGCAUCGGCGCGCGCGACGAUGACUUCCUGGGGGGCGUGGAAUGCACUCUCGGCCAGAUUGUAGCCCAGAAGAAGAUGAUGAAGCCGCUGUUCUUGAAGUAUGGGAAAUAUGCGGGCAAAUCCACCAUAACGGUCCAUGCUGAGGAAAUAUCGGGGAACAACGGUUACGUUGAGCUUUCCUUCUGUGCCAAGAAGCUGGAUGAUAAGGACCUCUUCAGCAAAUCAGACCCUUUUUUGGAAAUCUACAAGAUCAACGAUGAUGGAUCCGAGCAGUUAGUUCACAGGACCGAGGUGGUUAAGAAUAACCUGAACCCUGUGUGGGAGCCCUUUAAAGUGUCCCUCAGUUCCCUGUGCAGCUGUGACGAGGACAGGCAGCUGAAGUGCCUGGUCUGGGACUACGACUCCAGGGGUAAACACGACUUCAUCGGGGAGUUUUAUGCCACCUUCAGAGAAAUGCAAAAGAUUGGAGGAGGAAGCAAGGUCACAUGGGAUUGCGUGAAUCCGAAGUACAAGCUGAAGAAGCGGAACUACAAAAAUUCAGGCGUGGUGAUUCUCAGUGAUCUCAAGCUCCAUCGGGUCUAUUCCUUCCUGGACUACAUAAUGGGAGGAUGCCAGAUUCACUUUACAGUGGCCAUUGAUUUCACAGCAUCCAACGGGGACCCUCGGAACAGCUGCUCCCUGCACUACAUCAACCCCUACCAGCCCAAUGAGUACCUGAAGGCCUUGAUAGCAGUUGGCGAGAUAUGUCAAGAUUACGACAGUGACAAAAGGUUCUCUGCUCUUGGUUUUGGUGCAAGAAUUCCACCAAAUUAUGAGGUCUCCCAUGACUUUGCCAUCAAUUUCAACCCAGAAGAUGAUGAAUGUGAAGAAAUCCAGGGCGUGGUGGAAGCGUACCAGAACUGCCUCCCUAAGAUCCAGCUCUACGGUCCCACCAACGUGGCCCCCAUCAUCAGCAGACUAGCCAAACUGGCUGCAGGGGACGGCACCAUCAAAGACGCCUCGCGGUACCACAUCCUGCUGAUCCUGACGGACGGGGUGGUGACGGACAUGGCGGACACGCGCGAGGCCAUCGUGCGCGCCUCCUACCAGCCGCUGUCCAUAAUCAUAGUGGGCGUGGGCAACGCCGACUUCACAGACAUGCAGAUCCUGGACGGGGACGACGGGGUGCUGCGUUCGCCGAAGGGGGAGCCGGUGCUGAGGGACAUAGUGCAGUUCGUGCCCUUCAGAGACUUCAAAACGGCCUCCCCUGCUGCCCUGGCCAAGUGCGUCCUCGCCGAAGUGCCCAAGCAGGUGGUCGAGUAUUACAGCCACAAGGCCAUCUCCCCCAAAUGCCCCCACCUCCUGGAUUCGCCCACCUCCCCUGCCAACACCCCCGAGUAGAGGAGAUGCACGACCGCAAGCACCCCGGCCCGGCUUGGUCUCAGCUGUUCGGUGGGUGAAAGAUUUGGGUUGCAAGGACGAGAUCAAAAAGAGAUUUAAAAAAAAAAAAAAAAAAACUGUUUACAUUCCAAAGUGGAGCACCGGGGCUUGGAUUAUGAUCACUUCGUACGCCUGGCUGCGGUCCGUCUGCUCGGGCGCGGGCACUGCAGUGUCUUCCUGAGGCUCUGUGAGGAAUAUUCACAUCCUAUUCAGGCAGAAAGCGCAGGCCCCACAUUUCCUGGCGACCAUCUUGAAUUAUUGCAGCAGCUUUUGCAGCUUCCUAGCUACUUCCCUCUAAUUAAAGACUUCCGGACUGCACACCCCCUUUCUUUUUUUCCCAACGAUCUCUCCUUUCUAUUCAGUGGCUUGUCAACGGGCUUGUAUAAUGAGGAAAAGAUGCCAUGCACGAUCUUGAUGGUGAUAUCAACAAAUUAUUGUAAGAACUUAAUGGUCAUAUAAAAAGAUAGAUGCACAAACUCAUUUGUAAAAUCUACGUAUUAUAACAUUAUCUUGGUGGUGAGAUCUAAAUAUAAAUAAACAUGUGAGCUAUAUCAAGAGAUUAAUACACCAUCCAAGUGGUGUUAUUAAUAGAUUAUUACAGGAACAUGGUGGUGAUAUCAAAACAUUAUUACAUAAAAUAAUCUUUUGAUAUUGCAUGUGGAAUUAGAGAAAACCUUUUGCUCGUCUUUGAUUUUUGAAGAAACCUUCAAAAUAGUAUUUGGGAAAUGAAGGUACAUUUAAGAGCUAAGAUUGCUUUGAUCCAUGUUUUAUUCCAGAGAUGUACUAAUAAUCCCUUUAAUUAAGAGUCACCUGGUCCCCUCGAUUUACCUCAGUUUUUGGGAAGCAAAAACGGUGUCCACGGUAGCCCAAUAUUUGUUCAGUUACGGUAAAAAAAAUUCACACUUUAUUUGAGAAUCAAAACAAAGCUGUGUAUUUAAGUUGUUUGAUGUUGCAUCUGGACCAGUGUUUGUUUGAAGGACCCGGCUCCUCCCUUUGUUUUCAUUUUGUUUUAAGAUCAACAGAUAUGGUAUUAUCUCUCUUGAACUGAGGUCCAAUCAACCCUUGCAAGGGAAAUCUACUAAGGCUGCACCAAGAAUGGCCAACAAAAAUGAAUCAAGUAAAUCACAUAUUCAGUAUUACCGCAGAGAGCUUCAUUAACUUCUCAUCCCUAGCUAAGGAAACUGGAGCAUUUUUUUUUUACAGUACCAGCUGAAUGUGUGAGCGCUCAGCCACCUGGGAACAGUUUGGAACAUCUUUAAUAAACAUCUAGUGCCUAUUAGAGUAACAUCAAUGAAGUAUAACAAUGACUUGAAAUGACAGGAUUUUAGAUUUUAUGAUCUGUUUAAAGACUCAGUGCUGGAUAAUGUGUUCUGGAAAAAGGCUAACUAAGAGCUUUAGUGUUAGAAUGAGCACAGUCUGCCUUUGUGAAAGUUCUAGAAAAUGUAUGACUUUUUAUGCACGGGCAAGUUUAUGGAGUUUAUGCUGUUCCCUGAACGCAGUUUCCCUCCGCAUUAUCCCCCUCCCCACCCACUCUUAAAAGUCAGAUAGAAUCAGUUACUCUUCAAAGCAGUGAGAACUGGGGAAGAUUCUUCCAGGAAAUAUGCACUGGGCAUUUAUGUUUAUUAAGCUCCUGUAUCAGUUGGGCUAAACCAUUUAAUAGUUAACAGGUUGAUCUUAAUUAUUCAAUAGAGAGUCCUAUUUUUCAUCAAUAUAAAUAUCUUAUGGCAUGUAUUUUCUUCAUACAAAUGUCAUUAUCCUUUAUUUUGCCAAGCAAGUCCCAUUGAUAUUAAUACCUAUUAUGUACGGGUGUCCUGGUCAAGAGGCAAUAUACAGAACUCAAGUAUACACACAGAAGAAAACAGAUAAAAUACAAAGGAAAUCAAAUCAUGGAGCUCUGGAUUCAUUAGAAAUGUGCACAAAUAUCUCUUAUAGUGUUUUGAACCAAACCUCUGAAUUCUGUACCAUACCUCUGAAGCAACGGGACUAUCAAUCUUUGUUUUUGCAGCAUGUUCCAAGACCAGGGAAGAUUAUAACUGAAAGGCAUCUUUCUGAAUUCUGAAAAAGGACAAGGCACUUUGAAGAGCAUACUGGCAGUGUUACAAAGAUUAUAGGCAGCACUACUUCCUGUCAAAUGAGCAGAAAUAUAAUGUGACAGUUUGCCUAAAAUGGCCUUGUGAAUGAAGAUGUACCAACGACACAAUCUGUUUGUCAUUGGUAUACUUCACCACUGCAGUAAUUGUGUCCAUGCAUAUUUCAUUACCUGCUGCUGCCUAAAAGGCAUUAUAAAGAUUGAGAAUCUAUGCAGCUUGAUGUGAUGGGAAUGCAGGUAGAUAACUGUCCUACAAUACCUGAAUAUAUGAUGUGCAGAGACACAGAUUCAGUGCUGCCAAACAGCCUCUCAUCAAAAGCUUUGAGUAAAACAAUUAUUUCACUGGACUGACAACAGUGAUGUUGCUGUCAGUUGUAUUUUUCUUGAACUCUAAAACCCUGCCUCAUUUUCUUGCCUGGUGAAUGAAAUUAUGUGUUGGUAGUCUGCUGAAUUUUUUCAGCUUGAUGUUAAUCCUGUUGGGUCAGAGUGGUUGUCGUUGAAUCAGAUUCAGAAUAUGGAAUGACUGGAUGUGUUGUGUGUUGAGUGAGUGGUCUCAGACAGUUUCUUGGUGAUUGUUGGUUAACAGUGAUUGAUUGAUUGAUUGAUUGAUUGAUUGAUUGAUUGAAUUUAUUUGAUUAUCAUCAGAAAAAUACAAGAGGAAAUUCAAGCAGGAACAUUACCAAGUACCAAUCUUACCAGAUCCAGUUCACUGUUUCUCUCCAGAUCAUGGCUUACGAAAUGCUUGUUAUUUUUUCCAUAUAUGGCAGUUGCGCUGUCUGUCUCUUUCUCUGAUUGGUGGUUAUCCAUGCCAAUUCCAGUCUUCCUCUGAUUAGUGGCUAUCUGUGUGUGUUCCACUCUGUUGGACUGGUGGAUAUCUGUACCUGUACUAUCUCUCUGGUGGUUUAUCAUGUCCUUGUCCCUUUCACUGUCAGGUUGUUGGUUGUUUGUGUUCGUUGCUCAUUACUGACACCGCCUCCACCCCUGUCUGCUCUCUGUGGUGUGAUACGAAAUCCACCAUGCAUUGGCGACUCUGAUAACAUCAUUAGCGUCUCCACGUCAGCACUCUUCCUAUGCCAUUAUGCCUACAGCUGGCAUUAUUGCUGAUGCCGUGUCAAUUAUUUAGCACGCGCCACCGCCUAAAAUGGAACGAAGGAACUAUAGCGAGACGUGUCUCGCAGCAUCCGAUGCAGCGGGAAUCAAUCUAUUUUACACGUGUAAAACAAGCCUAAUUUCCCCCGUGUCUGACUGCUCGCAUGCUGUGCUCAAAGCUCUUUGAAGUGUCAGGAGCAGUAUCACAUGCUUUAGGCCGCAGCAAACUAAUCUGAACAGGUUUGCAAAGCAGGCACAGAGUUACUGGAGGACACCCAACAUUCGGUGUGUGAGGCAAGCCAGAGGCAGCUUGCAGGUCUGUAUCAAAGGAUAUAUACAGGGAAGAGGCCAAUAGUAUUUUUAAUAUCUAGGUCAGAAUAUGCUCAAGUGAACAUUUCCGGUGAUAACAUCGAAGGUGUUAUUAUUCAGUUGAAAUAUUUAUCUUGAUGUUUUCUCAGAGUACCCUUUGGCUUUAGAGAAAAGGGCAAUGUUAGUCCAUGUCCAUUUUCUGUAAUAUCAUACAAACAGUCCCAUGAAGAGAGAUUUCACCUCAGGAAAAUUCAGUUCCUUGACAUCCUUUCGAAAAGGCACCACAGCACAGAAAUGAACAAAGCAGAAGGUAUAAAUCACGAUAAAAUAUUCGAGGUGUGCUUUGAAAUCAGCAGUUUUCCAACCCAUCAAGCGAAUCAACUGAGUGAGGCCCUGUGCCUGCUCUCGAUAGGACUCACGCAUACACACAUGCACCCAGAAGCACGCAUGAACGCAUGUGCACAUGCCCUGGUCUGCAGCAUUGCCGACCCAAGGCCAUGCACGGUUCUGAUUGGGUCCCUAAAGGGAUGAGCCAUCAGUACCUCUCAUAUUUUCUCAUUAGCAGUAUAGCAUCGUCCUCCCCAGUGGGCUCACCCUGGGACUUCUGACUCCCUUCCAUUCAGGACAGUCCUUGGGGAAAGAGCAUCGCAUAUGCAGGGAAAGGGGGUGGGCAAUGGGGGAUAACUUACUCUCUCUAUACUGGAAUCAGAGGGACACCUGAUGGUAGAAGAGCCCUGCGGGUGGAAAAAGGCACCGUUUCAGAUGUAGCUGGAGUGGGAGGGACUUUGGCAAAGCGGCUGACUGCCUCCUUUGAAAUGCAUAAGGCAUGCAAAUGAAUGGUUCUCAUAUCAACACUGCAAAAUAUGCACACGCUUAAUCCUUUGGGCUCAGACCGUGUGCAGUUUCCACCGGCAAACCCACGGUGCAGCGCUUUAAAUGAGCUUUGGCAAAAAAAAAAAAAGAAAAUAAAAAUAAAAACUGCCAGAUUCAGUGAUCCUUUAUGACGUUUCAGAAAUGGGGACCAGAUAACGGAUCGCUGAUGAAUGACUGCAUAUGAAUAAAAAAAGAUUUUAAAAAAGGAAUUUUAUUGCAUGCUUAUUUCUGUGUUUUUUAAAUAAAGUGUGGUCUACUCUGAGCCUGUAAGCCUGCAUUUGCACAAACACUUGUUCUCGUAGCGUGAGAUCCUUAUUUGGCAUUUUAGGUGAAUAAACCUCUUACCUUAAUGGAAUGCAUGACAGUGUUGCCAAUGUUGUAUUUGUCUGUGAAAAAGAGGAGAAAAAAAUCAAGGUGCUCCUCUGUACAUUUUCUGUGUUUUUAAAAGAGAAAAAAGAUAAAUAAAGAUUUAAUAUGUAUUGUC